UCAUCGUCGACUCUUGUGUACUGAACAAUAGAGAAAAGGAAAAAGGCAUUUGAGGGGAGGCUUCACUUCUUCAAGGGAUUCCUCUCUCUGUGUCUCAGUGGCAAAUUAUACCUUUAUUUUUUUCUAUAUCGUGUAUUUUCUAAUGUGUAAUAGAAUUUAUCUGAAAAGACGCAUUUAAAUUGUACUGUGUAACAGGGUCUCGUAUUAAGUGCUCACUGAGAAAAUCUCUUUUGCCAUUUUGAGGUGAAAUCGUUUUUCGCCUGUCGCGUAAAUUUUUGCGAGAAAAAGUUAUACGGAGGGGCGUUUUCGUAUUUUAUAAAUUUUUUUGGAGGAAAGAGUAAUAAAGAAAAAUUAUUAGUAUUUCGUCAUAUUCGGAAAUAGACACAAAAAAGAAAAUUAAACCAAUGAAUUUAGGUUUUAAACGCGAAAAACAAAGAUUUUUACCAAAUUCGCGUAGACAAUGUCACUACCCCGAGAAUGGAGCGUACAAGAUUCGAGGGAGUCGAUAUAUCGAUCCAUUGCACAUCAGCAGUCUUGGAAUUUUCCCGAAAUUGAUCGUAUGCCAUCGAAGAAGGAUGCUUUCAAUUUCGACUGCGAUGACUUCAAGCAUGUGCAACAGUCCGUCAACUCGCCCCUUCUUCUUGGGGAAUGCAACGGAAGUCUCUUCUCCAUUCAUUCAGCACCACCCGUUGCACAGGGCGGCACUGACUCCCCAAGACGCCCAAUUUCACUCGCCAUCGAUCCUAAAUGCCUCCCGGCCAUUGCUGUGCCCACGAGUGAGCCAGACGAGGAGGACAAUGAGAACUUGUUGACCGUGUCCAGUCUCACGGCAAGACCGUUAAUUGCAAAAUCACGGGAGUUGAGGAGUUUCAGUAAAUUGACCGAGUACCGGAAGAAGGAGAAUCUACUCGAGGAUCCUCCGGAUGUUCACAACUGCACAGCUUGGCUGAUUGUGUUUGGUGCAUUCUCGGUUCAAUUUUGGGUAGCUGGAUUAGUGAAAUCCUAUGGAGUGCUGCACGUGGAAGUAAUGGAGACUUUUCCGCAAUCUUCUGCUGCACUGGCCUCAUGGAUUCCAGCUAUACUCUCAGCUCUCUGCCUCGUCUUGGCACCAAUAUCGAGUGCCCUGUGUCAGCGCUUCUCAUGUCGUACCGUCGUUUUCGUUGGCGGCAUCUUCUGCGCCUUGGGUCUCACGUGUAGUUACUUCGCUACCAACCUCAUCAUUCUCUUCUUCACCUUUGGCGUCCUCACUGGUAUUGGUGGUGGUCUCUCCACCACUCCAGGGAUCAUUAUCGUUUCCCAAUAUUACGACAAGCACCGUGCUCUUGCCAACGGAAUCGUUGUUUCGGGCACAGCAGCUGGAAGCUUUGUCUUUCCCAUGCUUAUAGAACGUCUCGUCCACGCAUUUGGAUUCCACGGUACGAUUCUCAUCUUGGGCGUAUGCAUGCUCCACGUGUGCGCAUCUGCAGCCCUAUAUAAACCCAUCGAAACAGUAGAACCCGAAACGUGCUCAACAAUUGCUGCCCAUCAUGUAUCAUCACGUCUCAAUACCACUUCGACUACACUCAGCUCCUCCGAGGAGCCUCUCAACACCAAGAAACACAUCAACCAUCUAUUUUUCGAAGACACCAAGAACAACGUGAACGACCUCUAUAAUUCCAACAAAUUCAUCAAUAUUACUGAGAAGAAUCUACAAGAGAACAGCGAUGAUGAGUGCAAGGAUGUUGUUGGUGAAACAAUCUUCAUGAAACCCAUCAAGUCCAUGCGAAGCUCAAGCAUCCUUCAUUCCGUUGAGGACCUAAGUACGGAUUCCACGUGCGUCUAUAAAAGCCGAACGGGAUUUGACUCUAACCGUGGAAGCCGUCGAAGAAAUAAAAACGCAAGCAGUACCGAUGAAAUGUUGGCAAAAUUUCCACCAGUGGACAAUAAUCUAUCUAUACCCCUGACCACAAAUCGCGGAUUGAGUAAAAGCAUGAUCAUCCCUACACCAGUGAGUGAUUUCUCAGAGUACGAGACGAGCCCCAAGAAAAUGCGUCGAAAUUCAUGUGUGAAGUGGAUUGAGAAGUAUUUGGAUGUUGGUUUACUGAAGGAGCCAGUCUUCAUUCUUAUGUGUUUGUCUGUUACGUUAAUGUCCACUGGAAGUCCCUAUAUGUUGUACUAUUUACCAGCAUACGUCCUCUCAGCGGGCUACACAAAGACCGAGGCGGGUUACUUGGUGGCAGUGAGUGCGGCAUUGGAUUUACUUGGACGCCUCGGCUUUGGGUGGCUCUCUGAUUUGCAGCUUUUUGAUCGAAAAAAAGCCUACAUCACCUGUAUUUUCGGGGCUGGUUUGGCUGUUCUCGUAAUUCCCAUGGCGAGCUCCUGGUAUAUGUUGGGUUGUGCUGCUGGAGCAUAUGGUCUCUGUCUCGGCAGUUGGUAUCUCUUAAUGCCAGUUCUACUGGCUGAUAUAUUCGGAACGGAUCGUAUAAGUUCUAGUUAUGGCCUCGUAAGGAUGUUCCAAGGUGUUGGCGCCAUUUCUGUUCCUCCAUUGGCUGGCUUCCUCAGAGAUUUGUCUGGUGGAUAUGAGAUUUGCUUCUUCUGCAUGGGAGCCUGUAUGAUGCUGGGUAGUUUGCCUCUUCUCAUUGUGUCCCUCAUGGAAUCAUCAUCCAACACGACUGAAGCGGAAGGAUCAACUGUAUCGUAGACGUAUUUGUCCACAUUCAACUCUUCUAGUUCUGAAAAAAAAGGAUCAUCGUAAUCUCCUUUCAGAUAAACCAUCAAAAAAUAGUAUUAACAAAAAAAAAUUCAAAAGAAUUUCAUUAAAAUGAUUAUAAAAAUAUUUUGUGCAUAAAUAUUCAAUUUUGAAAAUGCAACAAAUUACUUAGUUGCAAAGUUUGUUAAUUAAUUCAAAAAAAAUAUCUCUUAUUUAUUUUCUCAAUAGGAAAUUUUCAUUAGUAAUUUGCACACAUUUUGCUGAAUUAUAUAACUUACAAUAUUUCCGAAAUUAUGAUGAAAUUUUAUAAAAUUAUUAAUUUCAACAUUAUUAUGAACGUGGCAGCAUAAAAUAUUAGUAUUCGUAGCAAAUUAAAAUGAGAAAAAAAUCAUCUUUACAUCAAUAAUGUCAGUAUUGGAAAUGUAAUGCCAAAUCGUGGAUUAAUAAUUACAAUUAAUUCAUUGUAAUUGAACAUGAUUUUAAAUUACAAAAAUUACAAUAAAACAAAUUUUAUGAGUGUUUAUAUUUUAUUUCAGAGAGGAUAUAAAAAAUCCUCAGCAUGUUCAUUCUAAAUGGAAUAUUGUAGAGAAUAUUCUGUUGGUUGAAAUUAAUAUUUAGCCAAUCUUGUAUUGAUGAGGAAACAAAAGUGAAUCAUAAAAAAUA